AUGACUACCCUCAAAGCUGGCGAUAGCUUCCCCGGUGACGUUACCUUCUCUUACAUUCCAUACACCGAGGAGUCUGGUGACAUUACUGCGUGCGGUAUCCCGGUUUCCUACAAUGCCUCCAAAGAGUGGGCAGACAAAAAGGUUGUGCUCUUCUCUGUGCCGGGCGCUUUUACCCCGACUUGCUCCGUAAGCCACUUGCCUGGAUACAUUCAAAAUCGCACGCAGCUCAAAGAAAAAGGAGUCGACAUCGUUGCUGUUAUAGCCUUCAACGAUCCUUUUGUCAUGAGUGCUUGGGGAAAGGCCAAUAAGAUCACGGAUGACUCUAUUCUCUUCUUGUCGGACCCUGAUGCCAAAUUCUCCAAGAGUAUUGGCUGGGCCGACGCUGCUUCUGGUCGCACCGGCCGAUAUGCCUUGGUUAUCGACCACGGAAAAGUUACGUAUGCUGACAUCGAGACCGAGAGAGGUUCUCUCAAGAAAUCUGGUGCCGACGCUGUUCUUGCAUCUCUUUGA